CUGUGGCUGUACAAUAUUAGUGUUCUGUGGGGUGUACCCUCAAAGUUGAAUAAAGUUUAAAUAUUCAAAUAUUUCGCGUUUCUCCACAAUUAGACGAUGCAAAACCUAAAAUCCAUAGAACAUGUAUAUUUAACCGCAUAUGUGUUUAAAAUUCUCACACAGAAUAGAAUUACCACUAUUAAAGAUUUCCUUCAUGAAGAUCCUGAAAAGUUAUCGAAACUAACCAAAUUAACGUUCGCUCGAGUUUUAGAAGUCAGGAAUGAUAUAUUUAAGAAAUAUUCCGCAGUAGUAAUUACAGGAGAUAAACUUGUUGAGAAAAUACUGAAAAAUAAAAAGAUACGCACCGGUAUAGUGAACUUAGAUGAAAUACUUGAUGGUGGUAUUCCUGUGGGUAUAACUGAAUUAUGUGGACUUUCUGAAUCAGGAAAAACACAAUUAUGCUUUCAACUUGCUAUUAAUUGUGUAAUAAAUACAGAAAAUAAUGUUCUCUAUAUUGACACUAAGGGUGACUUUUCUGCAAUGAGAAUACAAAAAAUUUUAGAUACACAUGGAUACUCUCAUAAGGAUAUGGCAUUGAUAUUAUAUAAAAUAAAAGUAAUAUGUCUGUGGACUAUUGAAGAAUUGAUAGAAUUAUUAAAAAAAAUAAAAAAUAAUCAAUGUGAUAUUGAGAAUAUAUCUUUGAUAAUAAUAGAUUCAUUACCGUGUUUGAUGUUUCAACACUUGGGUGACUCAAAUAAAAUAGGUCUAACAUAUUUAAAUACAAUGAUAAACUACUGCAGAUAUAUAUACAAAGAAUUUAAUUUAUCUAUACUUUGUGUUAACAUACAAACUCGCUGGAUAGAUCAAGAUGUAUCUGUGCUUGAAGAUGAUGAAGAACUGAGUUCACUUUUAAAAGAACCGGGCUAUGUUGAGAAGCGCAAUCGCUGUCUUGGAAAGUAUUGGAGAUACAUUCCUGGGACAGUAAUGAUAUUAGAGAAGUCUCAAAUUUCUACAUUACAUAAUACUAGUCAAUUAAGUAUAACUGUUAUAAAAUAUGGCAACACAGAAUGUGAGCGGCAUUGUAUAUUGCAACUUAGUGAGUUAGGUUUAACUUAAUUAUUUGUAUUAUUUAUUAAAACAGCUUGUAGUGGUAAAACUUGGUUGCAUACAUUAUAUUGUGGCCUAAAAGCUUAAAUGUCAUGAGUUGCAUUUGUGUGGUCCAAAUUAUACUUUAACUAGAAUAAGACUGAAAAAUAUUAAUACUGUACCCACUGUGGUCCAAAUAAUAAAUUUAAUAAUAAUUAUCUGUGGCUUUGUAGGUGUGUGUUGCACAGCAGAAUUGUUAAAACUUAGGACAAAUGGUGUACAACUAUACACUAUUAUAUUACUCUAUAGUGAUUUGAAUUUCUUGUUAAUACAUAAUUGUGAUCUAAGCCCAGAUUUUCAUUAUUUUUUUGGUGUAAGUAAUUCUUUUCUUUAGACUAUCCUUCAUUUAAAAAAAAAAUACAGUAACUGGGAUUUGAAUGUGGGCAGUGUUUAAAACCAAAGUAUAUACCCAUACUCACUGUAGGG